GAUGUCUUGUCCCGAGUGAUUAGAAUUUCCACGUAUUUAUUAUUUUAAAUUAUUAGGCUUAAUCAAUGCAGGGGAGCAAAACGUCGCCGUUGCAAAGGUUCUCCGGUUCUCGUCUUCGGAGAACUCUCUCCCCCUCCCGCCGUCGCGUCUUAUAGGAUAAGGCUGAGAGGUUAAUGAAUGGAUUCAGCUGCGUGGGAAAUCAUACAUAUACCUGAUAAGCCUACAUACCCACCUGAGCAUCAGCCCACUUUGAGGGUGUAUGCGAGUGUAAUCAAACCCAAAUUUGCCAAUACCAUUGUGAGGCAGUUAUGUAAGAUUUCUCCUCUGGAAGAUCUUCGUCAUGUUAAAAGGGUGCGGAGGAAGAUUCUUUCAGAUCAUGGGGAACCUCAGUUGACUGUCAUCUUAUGUCUAGCACCUGAUCACAACGAUCAUUUUAACGAUAUGCCACCUGAUAUACAGAAACUCUUCGGUCCCUACGAGUUGAGUCCUUUUAUUACACAAGUAUGCAAAUAUGCUGCAGUAUCGAAAGAGGAGUGGGAAGAACAAUGUAAGAUAUGGCCAACUUCAUUUCAUCCUCCAACCUACAAUAUAGAUGGCAUUGGUGGAUUCAGUGAGGAAGACACACAAUCAAUCUGCAAGUUCAUGAGAGUUGUCAUUAAUUUGGUAGUAUCUACUCAUAAGCCUCUUGUAAAUGCUGCAGUGAUAGUUGAUCCUUCUGUUAGGCGGAUAAUAGCUAGCGAAACUGAUCAAGUAUAUGCUCCCUGCGACAACACUACUACAGAGACCAUUCCCUUCAGUGAAACAGGGGAAUCUAACCACUGUCAGAGUAUCAACAGAGAGGCUAACGCUAGUCCGGAGAUAUGCUUAAACGGCUUACUUGGAAAACUGAAUGCUUCAUCGUCUGCUGUUGCUUGUCUGAAUCCUUGGCAAUGGAGUUUGCAGCCACAUGAUGCUGAGAAAGGUAGCCAAUGGCACCCUCUAAGGCAUGCUUCUAUAGUUGCGAUUGAAUCAUCUGCUGCAAGAGAUAGAUAUUUGUUUCCCAAUUCAUCCGAGAGUUUUGCUGUGGAUCGUUCGCAACCUUCAAAUGCUGAUUCUCCAGCUAAGAAGCAGAAAACAAGCAGUAACAUUCCAGACGUUCCAAAUGACAGCAGAGAAGCAGCUCUUAGAGAUCCUUCAACGGAAAAGCCCUACCUCUGCACUGGCUAUGACAUUUUCUUGCUUUGGGAGCCUUGUCCUAUGUGUGCUAUGGCGCUUGUGCAUCAAAGAAUAAAACGAAUAUUCUAUGCUUUUCCAAACCCCACGGCAGGUGGUCUCGGCAGUGUUCUUAGACUUCAAGGAGAGAAGAGUUUAAAUCACCAUUAUGCAGUCUUCAGAGUUUUGUUGCCUGGUGAUGCCCAUAAUGCACUCGAAAUCAACGGUCUAAAACAUGUUAUAGCCUAGUCAUAACUGUAUCACAAGUUCUACACAGGGAAGGAAGCUGAUUCUCUUUGUUUUUGUUCUUUCCAAAAGCACCAAGAAUCUCAUCUAUUUAUAUAGACCAAAAUAAGUCUUGUCUGAAACUUCUUAUUGGUUAAAUGUGUUUAUCAUACAAGAAUGCAUGAGUUUUGUGAACCGUAUUAAAAUUGCUGUAAGUUCAUCUUAA